GGAAGAAGUCUAGACGAGGAGCACGAGGGACUUGCGGCGCGUGCUUCGAUGGUUCAUCCGCAUUCAACAACUGGUUCCAGAGAAGCGGGGGUACCAUGGUUCUUUUUCCCUUGAUCGUGGUCGGCUCUGCUCUGGUAGUUAGCGUGCGAUGCGUAGACGUACUCGCUCCGGGGUUGCCGAAGCUGCCGGUUUUGUUCCCCAACGCGCCGCCGGAUGUCUUGAAAAUAAUCAACAUGAUGCGAAAGACCGCGGAGGAUAUGAUGCAGGGACUUCCCAUGUCUGACGUGAAAAAGGAAAUGCUCGACACUGCUCAUCGGCGGAACUCAUCGGUUGGCGAGAUCAGAGAAAUAGCAUUCGAAAGCAACGGGUCGCCCGGGGAUGGAGGAGACACCCACAUAUCGCUACAGAUCCAGGUUAUCCCAUUACGAAUGGGCAACGGGACCAGACUGAACGGCACGAAAGAUCCAAGGGCAGAAUCUCUGCGACGAGUUUUAAAGUUGCUUGAAGGGAAGGAGCGGCGCAGGAUUGUGAAUGUAACGAAAGUGGAUCCCCCGAACACUGCCAAGGCGUCCGCAGCCGUUGAGCCACAGGCAAAAAGCGACGCGGUUGUUCCGCCAUCUGAACAAGCGCCCGAUUCUGGUGAUGGACAAGUGGUUACUAAGAAGCAAGAAAGCACCGAGAAAAUCGCUAGAGUUCUUGCUCACGGUAGAGGACCCAGGAAUGCCUCACAGGUAAUGCAUACGUUGGUAACUGCGGAGGUAACUGCCAGUUGUUACGGCGUUCUUUUCCGACACGGCCUCCUGAUCUUCGUCAUGGUCGCGCUGUGUGCGUUUGCUUGUUUCAUCGGAAGCCUUUUGCCCAGCACGUGGAAGCGUCGUAACCCCCCGGUUCCCGUCGUCGCGAACCAAGUUCCCAAGGACCGUUGGAUCUCCUCGAAAAUUCUUGCCGACCCCCGGAUGUACGGCAUCUUCAGGCAGAAGCCGGUCAUGCUUCCAGCGCAAGCGGCGGCAGGAGAUUCGUAUUGAGUGUGGAACGAACAUGCUGAAUAAAAUGCUGAACGCUGAA